GGCACUGCAACGGUGAUGUGCAUUUGUGCAGGGGCCUCGCUGCCGCUGAAGCCGCAGCCGUUGGCCGUAGGCGCGGGCCAGCCGUGCCGGCGCCGGGGGGCCGCCGCCGUCUGCCACUCGUCGGCGCAUCUGAGCGCGCGGACGAUGCAAUGGAUCUCCGCCGGGGCGACCGCAGUGCUACUGCUAGCUAAAGGAACAGCCAUACACAAGUCUUUCCUUGUGCCAUUUUUUGCUCUGCAAGCACCUUGCAGCAUCAUAUCAUGGAUCAAGAGCGACUAUGGUCAAUGGACUGCUUUUCUUGCUCUUUUGGUGCGUUUGUUCUUCUUCAUUCCAGGUGAGAUUGAGCUUCCAUUGUCAACAAUGCUGCUUGUCAGUGUUGCUCCUUACCAAUUGAUGAAUCUGAGGGGAACUCAAGGUGGUGCAGUACUGUCAUUGGCCAUAGCCGGAUAUCUCGCUUUCCAGCACUUCACCAGGGUGGGAGGUUUAGGCAAAGCCUUUGAGCAGGGAUCAAUAAUUGCAACAUUGGCCAUCAUCUGCAUCACUAUUAUCCCACUGAUGCUGCUGUUCUGAUCUGGAUUAAGCUGGCAUGAGUUUGUUCCUCAUUGUGGGUGUCAGUCGACGGAUAAAUAAAAACCUUGUAAUGCAACAUCCUGUCAAGACUCCUAGCUCCUUUUCCCAAAUAAAAAUGAAUUGUGGUAUAGUUUGCUAAAAUAUGCACUGAUAUAUCCUGAUGUAUGGUAUGGUUUACCCAAAAAUUACCGUAGUAGUAGUUAGUGUUCUUCAGUGAUUAGUGGUUCAUCUCCUUUUGUUGAA